AUGAGCGAGAGGAGAAACCGGAUUCCUGUUCAGGUGCCUGCUUCUUCCCCUCUCCCUCCACACCCCAGAAACCUGUCAUUCAACUCCAUACCCAUGGAGGCUCCUGACCCUAAUCCUCACAGCCUGGUCUCUGAUGCCAGAGGGGUGAAGUUACCAGUUCUGGUGGGCUGCAUGAUGGCCUUGGAGUUUUGGAAAAACAGAACUCUCCAGAGGUCUUCCAAGGCUGACCUGGCUUUAAUCCAGACGUCCCAAAGAAACUCUGAUGUCCUCGCUGGGAUGACCUCCAGUGACAAGAAAGGGCCUGUGUUAAGUUUUCAUAACCUCUGUUAUGAAGUAAAAGAGAAGAGAGGUUUUCUAUUUGGUCAGAAAACAAUCAAGAGAAAGAAACUGUCAAAUAUCAAUGGGAUCAUGAAACCUGGCCUUAAUGCCAUCACAGGACCCACAGAUGGAGGCAAAUAUUUGUUGUUAGAAAUCCUAGCUGCAAGAAAAGAUCUAAGUGGAUUAUCUGGAAGUGUUUUCAUACAUGAAGUACCUGAGGAUGCUGAUUUCCCACAUAGUUUAGGAUAUGUGGUGCACGAUGAUGUCGUGAUGGACAGCCUGACGGUGAGAGAAAACCUGCAGUUCUCAGCAUCUCUUCGGCUUCCAUCAACUAUGACAAAAGAGGAAAAAAAUCAGAGGAUUGACGAGGUCAUUGAAGAGUUAGGUCUGGUUGAAGUGGCAGAUUCCAAGGUGAACUCUAAAAGACUAAGAAAAAUGACUAGUAUAGCAAUGGAGCUGAUCCAUGAUCCUCUCAUCUUGUUCCUGGAUGAGCCCACAACUGGUUUAGACUGGGGAACAGCAAAUCAUGUUUUUAGACACCUGAAAAGCAUUUCUGAGCAAGAACGAACAAUCAUCUUCUCCAUUCAUCAGCCUCAGUAUUUCAUCUUCAAGCUGUUUGACAGUCUCACCUUAUUGGCCUCAGGAAAACUAAUGUACCAUGGUCCUGCCCAGGAGGCUUUGGAGUACUUCAAAUCAGCAGGUCACUAUUGUGAGCGCUGCAUCAUAGCUGCAGAAUCCUUCCUGGGUGUAAUUAAUGUUAUAACAAAGGGAGAGACAGAAGACCAAAAAGCCUACAAGACUGAAGAGGCUUCAGAGAGAGAAGAGUCAAUGAUUAAAGAAUUAGCUAAGAAUUAUGCCAAAUCCUCCUACUAUUAUGAAACAAAAAAUGAACUGGAUCGACUCAAAGAUGAUCAGAAAAAGAGGAGCUUAGUCAGGAAGGAGAUCACCUACGUCACUUCUUUUGGUCAUCAGCUCAGAUACAUCACCUUGCGUUCAUUCCAAAACUUGAAGGGUGAUCCCAGGGCCUGGAUAGUUCAGAUAAUUGCCACAUUCAUUCUGGGACUGGUUGUAGGUGCCACUUUCCUUUGGCUAAAAAAUGAUUGUACUGAAAUUCAAAAUCGAGCCGGGGUGCUCUUCUUCCUGAUGGGCCACCAGUGUUUCAGCAGUGUGUCGGCCGUGGAGCUCUUUGCGAUCCAGAAGCCGCUCUUUAUACAUGAGCAUAUCAGUGGAUACUACAGAGUGUCAUCUUAUUUCUUUGGAAAUAUAUUAUCUGAUUUACUAUCCAGGAGAUUCCUGCCAAGUUUUAUAUUUACUUGUAUACUAUACUUCAUGGUGGGUUCGAAGCCAACAGUGGAGGCUUUCUUCAUCAUGGUCUUUACCCUCAUGAUGGUGGCUUUUGCAUCCAUUUCCAUGGCACUGGCCAUAGGAGCAGAUCAUACAACAAGACGGGUCAUGGACAUCUAUUUUAUAUGUAUGCUGAUUGUUUCAGGUCUCACAUUAUUUUGGGAACCAUGGCUUCUCAGGUCUUGUGGCUUCAGUACUUCAGCAAUCCUUAUUAUGGCUUUACGGCUUUGCAGCAUAAUGAAUUUUUGGAACGAAACUUCUGUACAGCACUCAGUACAACACUCAGCCUUAAAUGUCCCAACUACGUAAUAUGUUCUGGUGAAGAAUUCUUAACAAUACAGGACAUUGAUCUCUCACCUUGGGGUUUGUGGAAGAAUCAUAUGGCUUUGGCCAUUCUGAUGAUUAUCUUUCUCACCAUUGCCUACCUAAGAAUGUUACUUCUUAAA